AUGGGUCGCCCAAAACUAGUUACAAAAGAUCUCCUGGCCAGCCUCCCUUCUGAUGUUGAUGCUCAGCCAGCACAAACUCAGCCUCCAUCGAAGUCGAAAAGAAUCAAGAAGGCUCAACCAAAGGCGAAGGUGACUCAGGUUGAGACUGAGGAUACUUUGCCGAUCUCAAAGUUAGCUGAGAGUGACAAGUCUCAAUCUGCUGUCGAGAAAAGGCGUGCCGAUGCUCAACCAUCCGAGUCCACCCGUUCCAAGAAGCCGACAACAUCCUCUGCAAAUACUUCAGGGUCUAAAAAGCCUGAUGCCCCCUGGGCCCCGAGAUUACUUUGGAAAACAAGCCUGCUAUGGCUAGCGAUAGCCAUCCAGCAUGCCCACUCUUUCUCUAUACAAUCUUUUGAGAACAGGGAGAAGUUGAUCGAGGCGAGGAGGGAGGUCUCCAGUCUUCAAAAAACCAACAAAAGUCUACAAUCCAAAAUGAAAAAGUUGGAGGACCAGGUCGAGGCUGCCAUUAAAGCCCAAACUAAUGCCGAAGAAAAGGCUGAAUCUGCCGAGGCUAUCAAGAAGGUUGCUGAUUCUCAAAAAAGGGAGGCCGAGGAUAAAAUGGCCCUGGCCCAAAAGGAGCUCCAAGAGGCCCUGGCCACCAUGGAAGCCAAAAUCAAGGACGUUGACGAGAAGGCGUAUGCCCAUGGCAUGACCGAUGUUACAGAGGCCUAUGAAAUACAAGUGAAGCAGGCAUCCAACAAGGGUUUCACCCUUGGUUGGAUGUUUCUUCUAAAAAAACUUAAUGUCCCCGAGGACUCGCCCUUUAGAAAUGCCGAUGCCAUUCCUCUUCCAUUCCCUCCACCUCCUCCACCAGCUCAAUCCGAUGAUGAUUCUGAAUCUGAAGAGGAGGUGUUGGGUGAUGAGAUUUCCAAGGAAUUUGUUCCUAAGAAUGCAUCAGUCGACGUCACGUUUGCCGAUAAGAGCCUUGAUGAAACUCUGCAAGAGAUUGAUGCUGAGCUUGCGGCGGAGAAGGCGGCCGAUGUGGCUUCUCAACAGUCUUCCGAGGUCCUAACCCAAGUUGCUGCUGAUGCUGAGGAACCUUAA